AUGGCUCAUGCAAACACCCUCCCCGCAGAGCUGUGCGACCAGAUAGUCGCUGAGCUAGGCAUUGCUGACGUUCAGAACGUCGACGUCAUUAGCUGGCUGUUCCCGUUGCUCAACCUGAGGGACGCUAUAGAUGAGAGGACAGACGCAAUGAUAGGAGGCUCCUGCUCCAUUCACCUCCAUCAUACCAUGUCCCAUCUCCGUCUAAUGUCUGUCAGAAAGGAGCUCACUAAUGAGACAUUCGACGAGUCGCGUGUCACGAAGUACACCUCGAGAGGCUUCAAGCAAGUUAAGCUGGCAGAGUUUAAGAGCAACGGCUCACGCAUUGACCCUACUCUGAGCUGGGGUCGCACCGCCAGAACUUGUGAAGACAGAGACAGUAUGGCCAUAGUCAACAACUCGGGUACCUACUUCAAAGGAAAGUAUAGCGCCAUCCUGGGUAGUGUUUCGAAGCAUGUUCUCUCUGUGGACUGGCAGGAAGACGAAGACUACCACUCCCCACUGAGCCCUGAGUAUACUAGAGCUACGCUCAACAUGUACCUGGGGCUACAGUGCGUCACCGUGGUCUCGUGUAAGAGGGGUAAUCCUAGAGCCGAGCCUCGUCGCACCGCUCACAUCGGAGAUUCGAACACGGAGCGCUAUAGCCUUGUACCUAUGAAGGCUGCGUGUACAGAUGGGACUGUGUAUGUGGUGGUUAGUAUCUCUGCUACUCGCGAGGAGGAUACUGGUCACCAAGUAGCCCAGAUCGGCGAGACUCUUGUUCCUUCCGUGAGCUUGUGUCACCUUCUGGGAGAGGAUGUACACUCGCUGCUUGAGAAGUUCGCCUCGCUUAGGUGUACGCUCGAGGUAGUCCGGGAGCUGACUGAGUUCAAGCAGGCUGAGAUCACCUGCUCCAAGUGCGCGCCUGUGGCGUGA